GCCCCCGCGCUGCUGCCCGGCCCUGCCGCGCCUCAGUGCCGGCCCGAAGCCCCCUCUUCUCGGAGCUCCGCCUUGGGGCGCGCAGCAGCACAUCCUCGGGGAUCGCCGAGGCGGCCGUGAGUACGGGGGGGGGCGGAUGCGGGGGGCGGUAAGGCGGGCGGUGCCCCCACUGAGCCCCGCUCGCCGCCGGGAGGGCGGGGCGCGCACAGCCCGCGCUGAGCCCUCGGCACCGCGGCCGUCUCUGCCUGUGUGCUUUCCGGCUUCUUUGGGGGAGAGAAAACCACCAAAACCCCUACAUAAAACUGAUUGUAAAUCACCGCAAUUUAUGGUUGGUGUUUGUGGAGAAGCCUGGUGCUCGGCUGCCUGCUCGAGCUGCCUCAGCGCCUGCUCCUCCUGCCCGGUGCCUCGUGUUGUCUCCAGUCAGGCCCGAGUUGGCACCACCCGGUCAGGGACUGAAAAUCAUUUAUGGCUUUUUGUUUGAAUUAUCUAGAAAGGGGGAGAAAAUAAGGCUUUGUGAUAUAAUCCAUACGCUGCUUGUCAUCGCUUGCUCACUUAGUGUCUUUCAGUGUGAGUCCUGGCUGGUGGGGCUGUAUGUCUCCCUGUUUGUAGCAGGAGAGUUGGCCCAGAUAGCCUUUAAAGGGCUCUUCCAACUCAAACAAUUCCAUGAUUCUGUGGUUCUUGAGGAUGUGAAGGGUGACAUGCGGUCAGCCAGAGUCCUCUGCAUGGCUGCCUGCAAUCUGCAGGCGUCAGUCUUCCAACGCAUUCCCUUACAGCUGCAAUAAAUGAUGAAGUUGCUGUAAAUAUCUUUGCUUGAUCUCAUCUCCUUCAUUGAAUAGUCUGCCUGUAGCCCAGGUUCAGGCUAAUUUUAAGUUUUUCAGUGGGCAAGGAGCCCACUCCUUCCUUUCCCACCUUCACACCUAGCUGUCAAUCUGCAGGAGUGAAUUCAGUCUGACAGGCCCUUCCUGCCAGCUCUGAUAACUUUCCUCCUGGUUCUGCCAAAUCAGACGUGAUUCAACAAAACUUUUCAGAGCAAGGAAUGCCAAAAGGAGAGUUUUCUUAGUGCUACAUCUGUGACCAUGUGGUCAGCAUGCCCUCAGACCUGUAGUUGUGUUAUCUCCCUGAUAUGGACUGUGGGGAAUUUCUACUAUCUCUCUGUCCUUUUGUGAAACAUGAUACUGGAGUGCAUUUGAGAGUUUAUGUUAAAGGUACUAUGCACAAAGAGAUAAUUUGGAUAGAAUAUUAAUACUUCGCAGGUACUGCUGCACCGGCAAAUAAGCUCCUUGCAAAGAUGUUCCCAGCACAGUGAAGGACAGGAGGUGUUAAUGUUGUCAUCCUGUGGCUGAAGGCUGAAUCUCUGUCCUGCCCUGUGCUGUCGGGUAAUGCCCUUUGCUUGUUUACGUGGAGAACUGAGAGUAGGCCACAGAGGUUUCAUAGGAAGGUAGCUGUCUCAGUGCGAAUUGGCUGCAAAUGAUUCACCAAGAUGUUUGCAAAAGCAACAAGGAAUUUUGUGAGAGAAACAGACAGCGGAGGUGACUUAAUCCCUGUCUCCCACUUGAACGCCUCAGACAAGCUGCAGCUUCUGAGCUUAGUUACAAAGAGGAAGAAAUUCUGGUGCUGGCAGAAGCCCAAGUAUCAUUUCUUGGCAGUCUCGUUGAGUGAUGUGCUUACUGAAGACAAACCUAUAAAACCAGUAAUUGUGGAAUCCGACUUUGCAAAAUAUAUGGGAAAAUUUGAAGAUGUUGUCCAAGGAAGUAUUGAAACUUCAUUUGGAAAGAUCAGCCUGGGAGCCGGAGCAAAGGGCUGUGUGGAAAGCCAGUCCUCCUUUGGGAGCCUGAGGAAACAGGAGGUUGACUUGCAGCAGCUUAUGAAAGACGUCAAGGACAGAAUGAUAAAUUUAAACAGUAGUUUACUGCAGCAAGUAAUAGAACGAAAACGUGAAGUACUGUGCAUCUUGAGAGAAAAGAUAAUAACAACACAAAGGUGUACAAUAUCUGAACAUAUUCAGACAGAAGAAAAAGUCAGUGGUCUGCUGGGAUGCACUACGAAGAUAGUAAAGGUUUCAGUGAGUGACAGUGGAAGUAUGAUGAAAGAUUCCAGUGUGAUUCUCGAGAUUCCUCCUGCAACCACUAUUGCCUAUGGCGUAAUUGAACUGUUUAUAAAGUGUGAUGGGCAGUUUGAAUUCUGUCUGCUAAAUGAACAGCAAGGAGGUUUUGAAAGAGAAAACGCAGAAGGUUCAACGUCACCCCACUCAGUGCUGUUCAGAGAUACUUCGUUCCUGUUUCACCCAGAUGCUGUUGAUAAUGGGAUGUACUCUGGGGCUGAAAACCCCGUUCCCAGCCACGCUUCUUUAAGUGUGUUGAAAAAAGAUCUGUCACAGCUGAAAGCUCAGUUCCAACCCUUUGUGAAGCUGCCAGAAGACAAGCAAAGAGCUUUAUAUAAAAGUCUGUGUGAACUCCUGCUGCAUGAAGAAACAUUAACUGCCCUGGAAGAUGUGUUAGAUGCUCUCUGCACAGGAGACAAGCCGGACCUGAAGGAGUUAAAACCUGCACAGCAGCAGGACCUGGCUGACUUCCUGCAGCUGGUGGGGUGCCGUGUACAGGAUGAGCUAUUGUUGCAGAACUAUCAUCUUCAGGAUGAAGAACUGCUCUCAGCUGCUCACCUCCUCAUCAGUGCUAUCUCUGAGCUGUCUGAUUACACUCUUGUCCUGCUGCGUGCCUGCUCUGAUCUACAGGUUGUUCCGGCAUUGUGUUGCUUGCCUUACAUCGCUUCAGCUGAUGGCACCUUGGCACUGAGCAGUCCUUCGGUGGCAACUCUCACUGACAGAAGAAGAUUUGAUGUCGCGCAAAGGCUCUUUGCUUCAGCGAACAUUAAUUUGGAAAAGACAGAGACUUCUGUAAAAGCUGUGACUAUGAGAGAACCCAGAUUCUUCCCACUUGUUCUUUACGUUGCGCUGUGCGGGCUUCACAGCUUGGGUGGGACUGUAGAGGAGCUUUUCUGAGCAGUUGCUGCCCUACCCUGUUCUUCCUUCUGUAGCUCUGCAGUGUAGCAUCGAUGCUUGUGAGCACGUGAGAGCCCUGGGGUUGAGUUCUCAGGGCUGUGCAGCCAGGUGGCACAGGGGGCAGCGCAGGCAAGGAGUGAACACACUGCUGUUCUGCAGUGGAAAAUACAUAAAUAAGUAAAUAAGGGAUGCAGGGGAAGAAGAAAAAAAAGGGAAGCCUGGAAGAGCAAUUGAACAUAGCUGUUCUGAUAGUUGUCAGAACUGCAGAGCAGUGGAAGCCUGAUUGCUUGCAUUAAUAUGCAUGGGGGAAAACUGCAAAGUACGAACUGCUUUUUGUAAGCAAGUGAGCAGAAAGGCUGUGGAAAUGUAGCAUUCUGCAGUGCAGUACAUGCUUUGCUCACUUAAGACCUGACGUGCAGAAUGCCUUCACUGUGGGGGAGGUGAAGUAGAGGGCUCUGAAAGGUACUUCAUUAGGUUUUCCUUUAUUAAGUGUAGUUUGGCUUUAUGGAUGUGAGCUGCACACUGCAGGAAAUAACUCUUUUUUGUUUCCAAAGCUGAGACCACCUUAGGGAUUUCUGCCUCUUUUCCAGUACAUUUUUACUAAGCUUAGCAACUUUCAGCUGCUUACAUUCUAUUCUGAACUUUCUCUUUGAGAUACGGUGAUGCCUUCUGGUGUGUGCAUACCAAAAGUCCUUGCUGCACUCCACAAAGCAAUCGUUUUACCCACGUGACAUGUUCAGUGUUUUGCUCGUGUCUUUCACUAAGAGCAGAGUUAAUGUAAAGCACUUUGUGCUUUGAACUGUUCUGCCUUUUUUUUGAUGAUAAUUUUCUGUGAUCGUGGAAAUGGGACAGAAGUGCAGGAGGGAUCACUGUAAAUGCAGGAAGCUGUUCCAAUGAAGUGGGCCCUCAGUGCUUUCAGCCAACACAGAGGGGUGGUUAACAGGUGACACGUGGGCACCUGGCAGGAGAGGUGCUCAGACUGAGACGGCGCUGUUUCCGUGUCUCAGUUGUAAUGUGAGUGUGAAGUGAAGCUGAUGGUUUUGGCCUAAUGCUGCACUGCUGCGUAUGGGAAUAUCCUGAAAGCACUUCACCCUGCUUGUGUGAGCUGUGUGUCUGCACGUGGGAAGGUUUGCUUUUGCCAACCACUACUUGGAAGUAAGUUGCCUCUGUAACUAUUUUACCAAAAUUUUGUAUUUAAUGUUAUGUCAAAACAGUAGAAUAAUUUUAAAAAUCAA